AUGGUCAUCAUCUUUGGGCAGACGGUUGCUUCACUCGUCAACUUGGGAACUAAGGGCAUUCCACGUGAUGUAUAUUGGCGCAUCCGUGUUGGCCUUCAGUUUGUCGUGUCAGUCAUUCUGCUCGCUCUCUUGCCAUUCAUCCCUGAAUCGCCUCGCUGGCUUCUAUCGAAAGACCGUCCCGACGAGGCAUUAGAGUCCCUCCAACGUCUUCGAGGCAAAUUGACAGAGAACAACAUCAGAGUCGAGAUGGCUGAGAUCCAAGCAGACCAGGCUAAUGCCAGCAAGGGUAAUUGGAGCGAACUGUUUGACAGCCACAACAGGCUCCGAACAAUUAUUGCCAUCCUCGCCAUGUUUGGACAGCAGAUUACUGGCCAGGCAUUUGUCAAUCAUUACUCUGCUAUUUUCUACCCGCAAAACGGAUUUGCUAAACAGGCCUUCUCGUUUACUGCCUUGGCUAAUGUCGCAGGUGUUAUUGGCACUGCUGGCACUUGGUUUGUUGUUGACAGUUUUGGACGACGGCCUAUUCUGCUGACGGGAGGCUUCUUGAUGGACGCAUUCCUAUACAUUGUCGCCAUUGUGUCCACCGUUCCUGAUCCAACAUAUGCUGCCAGACAGAUGAUGGUGGCAUCCAUGUGUCUCUUCAGUGCCACAUCUUACGUCGUGUUGGCAGAAGUCACCUCGGCCCGCGCGAAGGAAAAGACGAGCUUGAUCCCCUGCAGCAUCUCCAUCCUCACAACUUUUGUCACCUCUUUCACUUUACCCUACCUGCCUAAUAGCGACUAUGCAGGUCUGGGUGGCAAGGUUGGGUUCAUUUACGGCUCGAUCUGCUUCGUCAUGACGGUUGUUGCUUUCUUGUUUGUCCCCGAGAUGAAGGAUCGCACUCUGGAGGAGGUGGACAAGCUCUUUGAGAUGAAGGUGCCGCUUCGGAAGGUUAAGCAGACUCGGAUCGAGGUGCUUGACCCCGGAUGUCAAGGAUGCAGUGUUGCAUGGAGGAGACGCUAA